GUUUUUUGGUUAGGGGUCCAUUCAAUUCCAAAAUUACCAUUAGAGCGCAAUAAAUUCUAAAAUAAGUGAUAUUAAUUAUCCUUUCUUCCGUUGUUUGAUAAAGUGAUUUCCAGGCCAUUUUUUUAUGCAGCGAUAAUCCGUUUCUAUCACGAAGAGUGAAAGUUAUAUUCAUAAAUAUUUUACAAAGUAUGUUUGUGCAGUAAAGAAGAAAGUAAACAAUGCUCUGCUUGACUUUAAAAUUCAUCCUAUCAGUUUGUGACGUUAUAUUUCGACAAGUUUUUUUGAGCUCCACGUUAUUAGUUUUUUAAAUCCGUAAUGUAUACCCAUUUCAAGAGAAUAUAAAGAAAUUCUACGUUGGUGAAACGAAUUGAUUCAGCAUGACCAGCGACUAUGGUUGUCGUUUCUCACCACCAAACUGAAAAAAUCGUCCUGAAGUUGCUCCUGAAGUACUAUCAUCCGCUUCAAAAUGGGUUGGUUCCGAAAUCUCAUGUUCAAGAUACCUGGCUGGUACGGGGUGUUCGGCAAUUGGGUGCCGACGGCCGCCUUGGUAUGCGGUGGAAUAGUUUGCCUAGUCCAAUUCUACUACAUGUUUUGGAUAGACAGACCAUUGUAUGAAGAUUUUGCCGAUUUCGAAUUGCUUUACGGAAGAUACAUCUUCCCGUCCUGGGUGUGGCUUGUCUCUCUUGCUCUGGACACUGUACUCGGCGUUAAAGCAAUUUGGCUCAUUAUAUCUAUGUGGAGGUGUUCGGAGAAGGGGGUACGGAACUUUGUUCUCGUAUAUCUAAGUGUCUACUUGUACCACCUCAGCCACUGGGUCUGGUUUGUCAUCGGAUGGGCCACGAAAGGAAAACAAAACUCUCGAUGGAACCAAAGCAAGUUCGGAAGACCGUCGCUCGAUCGCGUUAACAUCAUGCUCCUUGUAUGGUUAGUGCUCCACGCUAUCUUCUUCACGAUAAUCAACACUUUUUACGCCCUCAUGGCCGGACCCGCCGACUCACCAGUGCGCUCGGAUAUUUGUUCGGAUGAAGUAAUAAACGAACAGAACAGAGCCAACAGCAUCAUCGACAAGCUCAUGAUGCGAAGCGAGUCCAAGGAAAGAAAGUCAGGUCGUAGGUCGAAGUGCACGACGAGGUAUAAGAGCGAACACGGAUUCCGUGACUCAUCGGAAGCUUCGACGAUCGGCGAGUCGAGGAGGAGAAGGUCACGAUCCCUCAGUGAGGUCACCGUCGAACCGGUUCACGGAAAGUCUCGAGGGAGCAAGUCGAGAACCAGGAGGGAGGAAUCUCCAACGGAACGGAGGAUGGUCGAAGUGUCGAAGGAGUUGGAGGAAGAAGCGCAGAAAAGGUCAAGGUCAACGACGGCUAAGUCUCUGGCACCUGGUGAGACGCGGGACAUUUCCCAGGAUCGUAACAGAGGUCGCAAGACGGAGAGUAAAAUACACGGGGCCUCGGUUUCGUUUGAAAACACGCCUAGGAUGAGGUCACCUGACAGGGAGGAAGGACGAUCGAGGAGAAGUGUCACAGUCGCACUGGUCAACGAAGCAACGUGUAAGUCCGUCAGCCAAGGCAGGGACCCGAGAAAGAAAGGAGGCAGGUCAACCAGGCAGUCAGCGAACAAGGAUGCAAGGAAAUCCAGUCAAAGAGGCGAGACACAAAGUCAAGUCAAUAAUGAAGAGACGGGGGUGAUAGUAUGUAAGGAUGGAGUCACGUCCAGUCAAAGAAACAGGUCAAGGAGUCGAGUUGGUAAGAAAGAGACUAGGUUGACCAUCGGAGGAGGCAAGGAGGAAGGAAUAGGAAAGUUUGAUCCGGGACGAGAGCCUGGGAAAGCAACUCUAGCAUCGGAGAUAAUCAGGACUUAUUCACAAGGCUCGGUGGGGCGUUUGGACGCCACCGCGCCUAAAGAAAAGAGUGGCUCGACAGAAAUGCUCAAACGGAGACUCAAAGAUAUGGACCGGCAUUUGAACCUCGUGCCCGUCAAAUUGCAGAAUAAAACCAGCGAGAGAACGAUUGCCGGUGCGUUGCUCAAAGCGAAGAGGGCAGCUUUGCGGAAACCUUGGCAGCCUGACUUAUCAAGCAGAAUGGAUGUAGGAGGCGCGAAUAAAUCAACAGCUGUGGAGUCUUUUAAAAUGAAGCUGCAGGCAGCGUUAAGAGACUCGGUUGAUAGUAUACAGCGAUUAGGAAAUAGAGACAUGCAAUGUCGAGAGGCGCCGAAGAACAGAGGAACAUGUAUGCAGAAUCAGAUGGCUCCAGAGGGUGGAGGAUCAUCGAUGCAGGAUCUGGGGAUUUUAGAAAGUACAGGAGCUUGCGCACAGAAUCGUGAAGCUGGAGGAACGUCUGCAAGGAAUCAGGAAGCUUCAGAGAGACAGAAUCGGGAAGCUCUGAAGAGUUUCGUAACAUCGAUGCAGAACCGGGUUGCGGCCGGCAAAUCAAGAAGAUCGACAAUAGAGCCCCGUAAUUUCCCAAUCAUGCCCGACGUAGAUGAUAUGGAUCCAAUCACAUCAGAGAUUGAAGCCCUCAAGUCGAAACUGAAAUUAACAAUCCAGAGCUCUGAGGAUGCCAUCACCCGAUUAGUAAUCGAUAGGGCUGCACUGCUGACAGACAAGAACAGAUCGCGAUGUAGAACUGCGCAACCAGCAAAAUCAACAGAACAACCAUCGAUUUUGAGCACAAAACGCUCUUCAUCAGACCCCUCUAUGUUAAAGAGCAAUUCCAAAAGUAAUGGAAGCAAUAAUGCAACUCGUGACAAUCAAAUGUUGGAUACUGUGCCGAAGACACCGCUAAAUAACGCUGAAUCGAGUCAAAUCUUAACACAAAUUUCCAACGCUACACCAUCUGCCGACGCUUUAUCGAAUGGACAAACAUCCGAUUCUGCUUUGGGUCCGUUGAGGAGUAGAACCGCCGCAGGUAGAUCCAGGAGCAAAUCGAUGAAUCCAGAUCCAUCAAUUUUUAGAAUAUACUCGUUAGUAGAUGCAGUGCUAAGUAAACCGAAGCCGGAAUUAGAUUGCAUAUUCGACUACAGCCGAAAAAAUAGCCGCGGACGUGACAACAAACCAAAUGGGAAAGCAUCAAAGGAAGCGGAAGAAAUUGCGCCCGAUAAAGGAGACAAAACUACGACCAGAACAAUUUCAACGAAACCAUCAUCAUCGGAUACUGAGCCGCGUCUAAAUCUAUCUAACGCUGAGCCGGGUGCAAGUCGACCGCAUGCUAUGCCUCGUCGAAGUCGAUCUGAUGAUAAAUUACACCCAUGUCGGUCUGCCUCAUCCAAUCCUCCGGAAGGUCCAGCUAUUGAAGUUACAGAUACAGACGAGGAUAGGGAGAAACAGAGGAUGAACAAAGCUAAGCGUUGCGCCUCCGUCGCACGAGAAAAGGGAGGAGCUUCCUCGCCCAAGAGGAAAAGAACCUCGUCCGAUUCUUCAUCACGUCAACCUCGAUCAAAGACGAAAACGAAUGCGAAAACGUCUACAGAUGAAGAAACGAAGAUUCGCCGGGACAAACCAAAAGGUAGAGUCUUCAGUUCAGCGGUGAAGAAGAACAAGCCAGUCGCGCGCACCAAAGCAGUGCCAACCACAGCAAGGACCACGAAACCAUCGGGCAGAAAUUUUCUAGGGAUGAAAUCGAAAAAAACAAAAGAUGCAUCUACAGAUUCAUCGGUUGAUAGCAUAUGGGAUUUCACACCCAAAAGGAGCGUAGCCAACAUGUCCGGUGGGAGAAGAUCAAAUGCCCAAUUAAAACUUGAUUCGUCCAGAGCAUCGAUGCGUAGAGAAGCAAAAACAGUGGCUCAUACUUCGGACAGCGAUACAAGUGAUGAAAAGUAUAGAGUGGCGGCAGGGAGAUCUAAAAGCAGAGCCACGAUAUCAACGGUAUCAUCGAAGAGUGAUUCGGGGACAUCAGCAAGUUUGAGGUCAACUUCAGUGAAGUCAGGAGAUUCAUUCAAAUCCACACCAUCGGACGAUAGUACCCGUAGAACUAAUUCCAAGUCCUCAGUAAGACAACGCUCGACGUCAUCAAGAGAAACCAUAACAGAGACCUCAGACGCAUCAUACGAAAGGGGGGCGGAUUCAACCUCAGCUUUAUCAGAAGAUUCGUCGAUGAAAGGAGGAAACUUUUUCUCGGAUGAUCAAAUGAUCGAGUCUCAAACAUGCGUGUGCUCAAAACCCUUUACUGUAGAAAAGUGUUCGCAGACAGAGUUGACGGGUUCGCAAAUGGAAGUUAAAAAGCCAUUCUCGACUUGCAGAUCAAGGGAUGCUCUGAUGGCCUCGACGGAUAGAAAGCUCACGCCAAGCAGAUCAUCGUGUUUGGCUGUAGAUAACGUUGUUUCGGAGACAUCCAAUAAGUUGCUAGACUCAGCUAUAUGCUUAGCAACACUCAUAUCGCAGAUGAAGCGAAUGAAUAGGUGUGAAAAAGCUUGUUGCAUGCCGUCCAAGUGUAAACCUUCAAGUUCGUCUAGAUGCAAGGCCAGGUACCCGCGUAAGUGUUCGCUUAAGUGUCCGUCUAAGAAUUCGUCCAAGUGUUCUCGUGACAGUUCGUCAAAAUGCCCACCUACGUGUUUGUCUAAGUGCGCAACACGGAAGAAAUGUGCGACUGCGCCAGUCAGAGAAUCGAAAUUGCAAGCGCAAUGCAGAAAGGCGAGCGCCUUGAGGUAUGAACCUAAUCACCAAUCAGCGUUCAGUAUGAUGGAUGAAGCAGACUGUGGAACUGCAAAAGCACCGAUGGCGUGUCCCGUGAAUGUACAGCCACGUAGAACAACAAGUCUGUUCAUGCGAGACCCAGCAUGUGCUCCCCACGAAUGCAUUCCCAUAUCAGAGUAUCAACUUCCUCCGUGUCAACUCCCUCCGCGUCAAUUCCCGCCGUGUCAACUCCCUCCGCGUCAACUCCAGCCGUGUCAAAUCCCACCGUGUCAUCCUCCGCCGGGCCAGAGGACGUGGCUACCGCCGAAUCAAGUAACUUUCGAACAACAACACGGAACCUUCACCUCUCAGGAGGAUAGUUUUCCACUUGAUGAAACCAGUUCUUCUGGAAGCUAGCUUGCUCGCAGCACCAUGAAAAGCAGUACAGUCAAUACGGGGAAACGAAACCCUUUUCAUCUGGAUGAUACGCCAGCACACAAUAUACGCCCAGCUGAGAUUAUCUGGAAGGUAAAAUUGGUUGGGUUGCGUUUCAUACAUCUCCUGUAAUAUUUUUUUUUUUUUAAAAUCGAUGUUCUGGUGAUUUGAAGAAAACAUGUACA